CUCUCUUAUCUCACAUUCAACUUGCUUUGGCGAGUCAUCAUCAUCCGACUUUAUAGUCGGUAGCAUUUUGAAUUAAUUAAUUAAUUCCCCUUCUAUCUCAUCGUAUUUCUCCAUUUUUCUUCCAUUCAUACCAUCCACUACAUUGUCCUCGUGAUCUAUCGAUAUCAAAUAUCAUCAAAUCAUCAAAUCCCAGCGCUGACAUCACCCACGCGCGGCUAGCUAAGGCCAGCGAAGCAUCAGCCCAGCCCGCCUAUCCAACGUUCGGGUAGCAGCAAGCAGCAAGCAGCCUGGAGUUGGUGUAAAGGUGCGCGUGGCGCAGUCAGCUGGGCAGGCAACCAAUCCAAACCGAUUCGCUAUCCCGCUCUAACACGCUGUCUAAGAGCCGUUGUCUUGGAGCUUUCGUGGGGUUUGUAUUAUAACUUGGUUUAAUGCAGCAGCCUAUCGUUCACUCCCGUCUUUUCCUUUCGUCAACAUUGCCAAAGUGAAUCGAGAAGGGUAUCCCACCAUUAUCCAUCACUUCGUGCCUCAUCGGCAAAUGUUCAUCAUGUCGCCGCCGAGUAUUCGGCUUGCGGCCCUCGGCUUGCUCUCCUUAUCAUGUCUUGUUGUCGGCCAGAAGAACUAUACCCAAAUCGACGCGAUGCGAGCGCAACUAGCUCUCUUUGGUGACCGACCCGCUGAUUGUCCUCCAUGUUUUAACUGCCUCCUUCCGGCCUACGAAUGUGGCCAGUACGCCGAAUGUAACGAAUAUAACGGAAAAUGCGAGUGUCCGGCAGGAUUUGGAGGCGAUGACUGCCUUGAACCUACUUGCGGCUCGCUUGCGCGUGGCAAAGAUCGACCGAUAAGAUCCGGCGAUACCUGCGAAUGCGACGAAGGCUGGACCGGAAUUAACUGCAAUGUCUGUACCCAAGAUAACGCCUGCGACGCUCUUAUGGAGACUGGGGACGGUGGAGUCUGUUACCAAAACGGCGAGGUUGUAAACCAAAACCACCAGAUGUGCAGCGUUACGAACGAGAAGAUCCUUACUAUGCUCGAGGGCAAGAUACCUCAAGCUACCUUCACCUGCGAAAGAGAAACGGGCAUAUGCGACUUUCAAUUCUGGAUUGAUCGACUCGAAUCUUUCUAUUGUCACCUAGAGAACUGCGAAUCUACCGCAGACUUCACCUCGGACCAAAACAGUAGUUACUACAAGUGUCCCGACGUCAAAUGCGGCUGUAUUAAAGAUCGCAUGCUUUGCGGCGCUGAGGGUUCUAUCGACUUGACUGAAUUCCUUAAAGUUGAAGUCCAUGGUCCUGCUACUUUCAACUGUCUACAAGAAAAUGGUGGCAUUAAUAACUGCAAAUUCAAGGAACCUGCCCUGGAUUGGAUGGUAGAGAAUUUCUUUGGCGACAAAAGUAUUGAGCUGGAAUGCCGCUCUGGCGAGUGUCUCUACCAUACCCAGGUUCCUGGUUACGAGCGUCCUAUCAAGAAGAUCAACACACCCUUGAUUGCUGGCGUUAUUGCAGGAUGCUCCUUGUUUCUUGUUGCCGUGGUCUUACUUAUUUGGUAUCUCUCUCACCGGCAGUACCGAUAUGGACCUAUUCACCUUGACGAUUCCGACGACGAAUCUACUAAGCUGAUGAUUGAUCAUAAGCCGGCGUCACUCUACUUCGAGAAUGUCUCCUACAACCUGAACGGAAAGACUAUCUUGAAGGAUAUCAAGGGAAUCGCGCAUCCCGGGGAGAUCACGGCUAUCAUGGGCGCUUCAGGUGCCGGAAAGACCACGUUCCUUGAUAUAUUGGCCCGUAAGAACAAGCGCGGCCAGACGUCAGGAGACUUCUACGUCAAUGGUGAAAAGGUCACAGAUGCCGAAUAUAAGAGCGUGGUUGGCUUUGUCGAUCAAGAGGAUACCAUGCUACCGACCCUUACCGUACACGAAACAAUCCUUACCAGCGCCCUACUUCGUCUUCCGCGUGGAAUGGGCCGUGCCGCUAAAGAGCAAAGGGUUACCGAAGUCGAGAAGCAGCUUGGUAUCUAUCACAUUCGUGAUUCUCUAAUCGGAUCAGAAGAGGGCAAGGGUAGAGGUAUUUCCGGUGGUGAGAAGAGACGUGUUAGUAUCGCCUGUGAACUUGUUACUAGUCCUUCAAUCCUUUUCCUGGACGAGCCAACUAGCGGUCUAGACGCUUACAACGCGUUCAACGUCAUCGAAUGUCUCGUGAUACUUGCAAAGACGUAUAAGCGAACUGUUAUCUUCACUAUUCAUCAGCCACGCUCGAACAUUGUCGCAUUAUUUGAUCGAUUAAUUCUCCUCGCUCAGGGAAAGACUGUAUACUCCGGCCCCUUUUCUCAGUGUCAAGAAUAUUUCGACCAGAUUGGAUAUAGCUGCCCCCCUGGCUUCAACAUUGCGGAUUAUCUUGUUGACCUUACGAUGCAUGCUGGUUCUUCUGGUACCUUCGACGACGGAUCUCUUGUGAACGAUGUUGCGAGCGUUGGCCCUAGCAGUACGAUGGCUGUCAAAUCUAUCUCGAGCAUCUCUGGUGCUACUAGCAUCGCUGAAGACAGCUCGACUGAACCGUCCUCAAGCCGACCAAAGGGCAAGCGCAAAGACUCGGUUAGGGCAAGGCAAGAGCGCGAACUGUUUACCAGAAGGAAGAAUACUAUUGAUACGGCUGCGUCUUCCGACGUGGAAGAGGAGAUUGGAUCGUAUAAGCUACGAAGACAACCUGCCGGCAGCGUUCCUCAAGUUGUUGUCGAAGAUGUCCAUGAUUUUCCACCAUCUGCUGAAACCAACCUCGAUAGCCUCGUUCAAGCUUAUGUCGAAUGCGACAUUGCUAACAGCAUACACGAAGAAAUCCAACAGGUUGUGGCCAGCGCUCGCCUUGCCAACGGCCAGAAUGGCAAUGCGGGAAGUGGUACUCCUAACGGUAGCGCAAUUGGUCGCGGUUAUGCUCGUGUCGGUUAUGUGACCCAAUUUAUCAUCCUGUCGCAAAGAACGUGGAAGAAUCUCUACCGCAACCCGCUCCUCAUGUUAACCCAUUACGCUAUCGCCAUAGUACUUGCAGUUUUAUCGGGAUAUCUUUUCUAUGGUCUCACCGAUGACAUUCCUGGAUUCCAAAAUCGGCUCGGCUUGUUCUUUUUCCUUUUGGCACUGUUCGGCUUCAGCACAUUGACCAGCUUGAACGUCUUCGCUUCUGAGCGGCUUCUGUUUGUCCGAGAGAGAGCGAACGGCUACUACGCGCCCAUCACGUAUUUCAUCUCGAAGGUUCUAUUCGAUAUCAUCCCUCUUCGGGUUAUUCCACCAAUUCUAAUGGGUGCCAUUAUAUACCCAAUGACGGGAUUAGUACCGGACACGGCACAUUUCUUCAUAUUCAUGCUUGUUCUCGUACUAUUCAACCUGGCUGCUGCAUCCAUCUGCCUCUUUAUCGGCGUGGUUUGUAAAGAUGCUGGUGUCGCAAACUUGAUCGGCAGCCUGGUUAUGCUUUUCUCCCUGCUAUUUGCUGGCCUACUCCUGAAUCAUGACGCAAUUCCCGCCGGGGCACUUUGGUUACAAUCCCUGUCCAUCUUCCACUAUGGCUUCGAAGCCCUCAUAGUUAAUGAGGUUCUCAAAUUGACCCUUGUGGAUAGGAAAUAUGGACUCGACAUCACUAUUCCUGGUGCGGCUAUCUUAAGCUCUUUCGGUUUCAAUAACGGAUCGAAAUGGAUGGAUAUUAUCAACCUCGGUGUGUUCGCUGGUGUGUUCGUGGUGUUAGCGUAUGUUGCCAUGCAUUUCUUGCUCGUAGAGAGACGGUAGAGUUGGUACCUUACCUUAGGUACCUAGGUAGGUAGAUAGGUUAGGUACGAUUGAGAAAGUUUGGGAAACAGAUGUAGAAUUAUGUUGGAGGUACCUAAUCUAGCAAGGCACUGGCCAAAUUGGCAUCUGAUGCAUUGCCUCAAUAUUUCCUGCAUAGCUUGGCAACACUUGAGCUGGAUAGCUCAAGGGCAUACGAGGUUUUACUCAGGGCGUUCAAGGUUUAGGGCAUAUACGAUAUUAUAGA